AUGCUCAAACGUCUUGCACUUGGCCUGCUGGCCGUUCAGUCCGUGGCUGCCACACGCUUUGCCAUGUACAUUGACGAAUACCAUCUGACCGAUCUCCCGGGUCAGGACAAGACCGAGGGCAUUGACUAUGCGAUCAUGGCUUUCGCUGCCUCCAAGCUAUUCAACUCGGAUUCCCCGGCAGCUUACAAGCCAUUCGAGGACCCCGAGACUAUGCGCAAGCGAUUCAGUCCCGACACCAAACUUAUGGUCGCUAUCGGUGGCUGGGGUGAUACUGCUGGCUUCUCCGAGGGCGCAAAGGACGAGGCUUCGCGCACGCGAUAUGCCCAGAAUGUUGCUGCGAUGCUCGACGCAAAUGGAUUCGACGGCGUCGAUAUUGACUGGGAGUAUCCCGGCGGUAACGGCCAAGACUACAAAGACGUACCUAACUCGAAGAAAGUGGACGAGAUCGAAACCUACCCUCUCUUUCUCGAAGCUCUCCGCGAAGCAAUCGGCGACAAGGUCCUCUCUAUCGCAGUACCAGGUCGCAAGCAGGACUUUCUUGCCUUUACUAAGGAGCAAGGUCCUAAGAUCUUCAAGUCGGUCGAUAUGAUCAAUGUCAUGAGCUACGAUUUGACUAACCGCCGUGAUAACGUUACCGACCAUGCGAGCGGCGUUCAAAACUCUUUGGAAACUAUCAACGAUUAUCUCGCCAUUGGAGCUGAUCCCGAAAAGCUCAACCUUGGCUUUGCGUUCUACGCUAAAUGGUUCACCACCGAUCCUAACUCUGAUUGCGAUGAGAAUCCCCUCGGCUGCCAUCUUGCUAAGCUCGAGAACGACGAUGGAACCGAUAAUGGCAAGUCUGGUGCCUUGACUUUCGAGGCUAGCAACGCUGCUGCUGCGCCUCAGAAUCUGAGGUAUAGCACAGAUGGAACGUGUGGAUUUGGAGCGAAUGCCAAGUGCCCUUCAGGACAGUGUUGCAGUGCUUCCGGCUACUGCGGUACUACCGAUGAGUAUUGCCAGGCUGGAUGUCUUUCGGACUAUGGUACCUGCAAAGGUAUCUCCAUCACCGACUCAUGGCGGAAAGCCCAAAAGUACGGCAAGACCGACGAGGAGGGCGGUGGCCAGUACUACUUUGACAGCCAAAACAACAUUUUCUGGACAUGGGACACCCCCGAGUUAAUUGCUCGCAAGUUCGAGGAAAUUGUCGAGGCGAAGAAGCUUGGUGGUGUCAUGGCUUGGAGCUUGGGAGAGGAUACCUAUAACUUUGAGCACCUGGAGGCUAUCCAGAAGGGUCUUGAGUCUCAGGCCUCCAACGCUGUGUAG